AUGACGCAGGCUGCGGUCAAGAUGGUCAAGUCGGAGGCUGCUGCUGUCCGUGCGCCUCACGAGGGGGUCGGUGUCUCACGGCAACUGGGAACGCUCUCUUUGGAUCUGGGGAGGGAGAAGGACGUACUCUUGGUUUCUUCCAGCACCUUCUGCGGCCAUCCAGCGUUCUCGUGCACACUGCAGCCAGAUUUACGUCUCCUGCUCAGCUCUCGUCGGGGUUCGCUCUCCGAACACCGUCACGUCAAGAAGGAACAGGAAUUUCGUACAUCCGUCACACGUAGGGCACGCGUCCUUCUCAAGGACAUCAAGAAAGGUGACGAGACACUCAUGGACAACCACACCGGUGUCGGCAACCCUGGUUCAGAAGCCAUCGCCAUCGUGGGCGUCUUAAACAAGCUUCACCAGGCAUAUGUCUCGCGAACAAGUUUGAAGGCGCAAGACUUGAAACUCGUGCCGAUCGCUACGAACUCCUGCGUUACGCCACUGCCGACCUACAAACGCUCCGCGCCCAAAGGUAGCUUCUCUUGA